CUGCUCCGCCGGGCCUGCGCCCGCCGCCGUGGGGCAGCGCGGGGGGGCCUUCGCUGCCGCCCGGCCUCCGCCGUCACACAGGUCGGACCCGGGGCCGGGGGGCUGUGGCGCGCCGGGGGAGGCCGCGGGGAGGCGCGAGGGGGCGACGGGCAGCGGCCGGGGGCGGUGGGGUCCUGGGGGGUCUGAGCCGCCCCGCGGUGUGCGGGUGAGAGCCGCGGUGCUGCCGUAGCAGAGCUGUAGAUGUGGGUCAGAAUGGGCACGGUGUUUCUGUCGAGGGGUUAAAAAAAAAAAAAGUAAACGCAUGGUGGUUAUUUUUUUUUUCCCCCAUCUUGCCUUUGAGGUGCACUGUGGCACCCACGAGGGGGUUUUUCUCUGGUUUCUCCGGUUCGUAAAUACGGUUUUGGUUCUUGGCUGUGAAAUUAUUGAAGAUCGAAGCGCUAAAUAAGCAGGGUGCUGCUGAGCUGCAUUGUGUCCUUUCGGAGAGGAUGGUGGAAGGCGACAGAGGCUGCCCUGAGAGAAGGGGCCUUUGGUCCAUGCGGGAAACGCUUCUCAGUUCUCAGCUAUUUUUCUCCCUUAAACAAUGCAGCACGUUGCGGGGUGCAGGAGGCCUUCACGAACGUGUUCCUGUGCGUAUGGCAGAGGCUGCGUGUGCAGAAUGGACGUCUGCACGCUCAUCUCACACAAUGUCUCUGCCUCCUCCAUUGCGUAGCGCUUAUUAGCAGAAAGCCCGAGGAAGUGCUCUGUGCUAUGGAAUUCCUUUAUGGAUCGUUUUAUGGGGAUGGGCGGUGAUGAGUUGGGAUUUACGUGACACUGCAACACCUUGGAGGAAUUUUCCUGUAUUUUUGUUCCUUACCUUUUGUUGUCAUUUGGAAAUCACCAAAAUAUUGUAUGAAAAAUUUUCCCUUCGUGCUCACAGUGUUUAUUUUAUAUCUGCUUUCCUCCAAACAUAUUCAAAGAUGAAAGCUUAACUAUAUUUCUGGUUUUCUUCACACGUUUUGUUCUGUCACGAUUGCCACCAAAAUGUAUUGAACGUGGUUAUUGAUUCGGAUAAUGAGGCUGUGCGUCAUUGAUUUGGGUUGGGGUUUUUUUUCAGGGUUUCAUUGCAUUUUGAUAAAGUAGAAUAGCGAAGUAAUAUCGGUCAGAUUGACUCAAUUCUGGAGAAGAAUGCGUGUGCAGUGUGUCUUGUUGAGCAGCCAGUCAGUGAGCCGUCCGUCUCCAUGAGCUGUCAGUGGUUUACCUGAUACUAAUGGAAGACUAUGGGGAAGAAAACAGAUGUUUCUGAAUUGCUUGUCUUGGCAUGCUGAGGCUUGUAAACUGUCAGAGGAAACUUUCUCUAAGAGAGCUGUGGUAUUUGGGAACCCCGAGAGCUCUCCUGACACACGUAAAUAGGCAGGUGCCUGGGACAAGUGGAGUUUGUUUUAACGUAGCGUAAAGAGUUGUUUUGUUGUAUAAGGUUGAAAGUUACGGCAAGGAUGGUCUUACCUCAUCUUUAGUUAUUCAUUUUCUUUGUGUUGACGAGGCUUUUAGAUGCUUUACAGCAAAAAUAGCCUUUCACAUGUGGGCACAGAUCCCUCAGUGCUCUGUGCUGUGGUUCGCAGGAGAGCUGCUCAGGGUGCAAACCCACAUUAGUUAAAGAUGGCUGUGGUGAGAUGCAAAAGGCGUUCGGUUUAUUCUAAAGAUACAGUUUUAUUCUGGAGAAAGCAAGAGAAGUAGCCUUGCUGUAGAUCUAAUACAGUCUUGUAGUUUUGACUUUGCAUUUUUUUUCUUACUGUUUCCUAAAGUACAGCAUUUAUCUUUAGAUACAGAUCAGUUUUUAAGUCAUUAUUAAUGAGUGUUUAUGGAGUACUUCUUGCAGGAAAAAAAAAAGCUUUGCAUAUCAGCAACACAUACCAGUUUUUGUCUUUCAUCUGAGCUAUCCUCAGUGCAGGCUGGCUUUUUGCAUUGGCAAACUCGGUCAGCAGUCAUGAAUAACAUGUAAUUUGUUUUUGCUACAUUGUUCGGUGCCUCCUGAGCAUUCUCUGAGCUGUAAAUGAUGUGUUCUUAUAAGCUGCUACAUGGGGAUGGUGAGAGUGAUUUCCUCUGUUGGUUUCCUCCUCUCCCUCCAAACACAGUAAUAGGUGUUCAUCCCACCAGGGUGUGCGUUGUUGGUGCAGAGUGAAGGACAGAUGAUUUGGAGAACUUAUUUUUAGAUCAUUGCUGUUAUGAUUGACCUCUGUGUAGACCAGUCCAUGUAGUAGGCACUCACUGUAAUUAAUUACACUUUGUUACUUUUGGAGAACUUAAUUUCAUGUAUAUGACAAACCUAGCUGGGGUUCCUAGCUAAUGUACGUAUUCAUGUUAGUUUACUUAAUUACCAAACAUUACGUUUGCUGUCCCAAAAGUUUAGAGAUUAUGUUUAAGCUUUGGAAAUGCAGACAUAUAGCUGACAUAGUACUACGUGUAACAAAUCUCAGUGAAGUUUUAUUAACCACACCAAUUUCUCUGUAGGGAUGAAGGUAAUUUCAUUUUUUUUAAAGCCAUAAAUACUGCUUUGCUGUUCUAGCGUUCUAAUAUUCUGUAGUGUUAAGAAAUAGGUCACUCACAUUGUCAUUGAAGUAUGUUCACAGUGCUAUUUUACAGGAUAGAAGUGAGCACUGGGAGCAUCAGUCAGAAUGCAGUGUGCAAGUUGUGCUUCUCACCAGUGCAUAUCAGCGUGAGAUCUUGGUUUCAUACUGUAUUCAUACAGACUCAUGUAGCUUGUGGAUGCUUGUUAGCCUGAGUGUUACUUAGAACACUUUUGCAUUGGUUUUUUUUUUUUUUUUUUCCUGUGAUGUUUUAAAUACAUUGACCUUAACUGUAUUUUCCGAGGAGCUGCUGAAGUUUUGUACCAAUGAAUGGAGGAAAGUGGGAUCGUGUUGGGAUGCUGCACUUCAUUCUCUGCUCUGGAGAUGCUUUCCCCACAAAUGCAUGUACAGCACAGCUUGGAGCCCAGCUUUGUGAGGUUGCUUGAAGUUGGCCUUACUUGAGCCAGGCCAAAGCAGUGGUGUCUGCAGCAUGCUUUACAAUGGUGCUGGCAGAUGUAACUUAGUUUUUCACACAUGAGCAAAACCAUUUUCUUCAGGCUGAUGUUUUUUUCUCUGCUGUACCUUUGUUUUCAGCCUCUGUCUCCUCAUCUUCCUCACUUCCUGGUCUUUCCUCACUCACUUUCUGUACGCCCAUUCAGUCAUGUAUGUGUCUGCUUCUGUGCAUUAUCUGCAGUAGUAAAAUAUGCUGCUCUUGUGUUCCUGAAAUAUUUCCUGCUAAGUACAGUAACGGUUUGACAGCAGUAGUGCUUUCAGUAAUAGAAUUGAAAUGUUUCAGCUGUUGAAGUUGCAAAGGCUGUAAUUCUGAAGCUCAGGAAUGAUAACACUCAUAAACAGAUUUCAUUUUGAUAAAAGAAGGAAUGACAGAUGCGUAAGAACGGAUUUUGUGAGGUCACUCCUUGCUCUGAAGCAGAAACAAAUAUUCUGAAAUUAUAUCUGACAGACAUUAGUCUGAUCCGGUCUUAAAAACCUCCAAAGAGGGGAAUACCACACCUCUUUACUGCUCUAUUUAUAGCUGGUACGUAGCUGUUGUUACAGUUAGGAGGCUUUUCUUAAUAUUUAACUUAUGUCUGUCUUGGUUCUAGUUAAGCCAGUUAGUCCCAGUCCACCUUCUAUUACUCAUGCAGGAUAAUGAUUUCUGUACUGCUUGUGCUGUAUGUACAUGUGAGGACUGUUCUUCUGUCUCUUAUUUCAGUCUUCCCUUCACUAAACUCUACCAAUAGGCCUUUUCUUCGCAGACUGUAUUUCCUCAUGUUGUCAUCAGCUCCCACUGGACUCUGAUUUGUCUGCAUCUUUCUGCAAAGUUCUCCAGUCUGAGACUUACUGCAGCAGAAUAAACAACUUACUCUAUAAGCUACAUCAGAAGUAACGUGGCAGCCCAAUUAAAAUGUCAUUUCAGGGUGUGCACAUGUCUUGGUUUUGUUAUUUUAGUUUGGUUUUUGUUUCUGUGGGUUUUUUGAUGGUUGUUUUGGUUUGGUUUUUUGUUCGUUUGGUUUUCAACAACAGCAGGUUCUUGGCUCCUCCAUUUGUUAACAUGGGAGCUUGUGUUAGCAUCUGUAAAAUCAGGUAUUUCUUCCUUCAUAAAUGUGCAUUUGAGUUAUCUUCCCAAAGGAUAGCACUUUAUGCUGUGGUGAAUUUAAUCUUCAGGUUAGUUUUCUUAUACAAAGUAUUUCUAUGCUGUACAGGACCAGGACCUACUAAGUUGUUUUCCAGGAAAAUGGGCCUUUUCUGCUCUUCCACAUCUAUUUCCCAUCACAUGCAAUCCCUCUGGUUUGUAUAAUGGGAAACCUGACUGAAAACAAGUUCUUCUGGGGUUCCAUGCGGCUUUUGUUGGCAAAAAUGUAUCAUAGUGUAUAACCAUUUUAUACAUCUUUCUACUUUGAAGUAAGUUGUGGUAAGGCGAUUGAUGUCAGUGUUACCAUACCUGAACAGGCCUUCUGCCUCUUUGUCAUGCACUAUCACAGCCCAAUGAUAAAGCAUUCUCUUUAGAGAAUAUUUAUUAAGUCUCUGUGCCUGUGGUAUUAGUGCUAUCAUGAAUACCAAGUGAGACUUUCAAAGGAGAAUUUACAUGUUGCUGGUGCUUUGACUGACAGGUCUUAGGUAAAGCCUUAAUCCAUAAUGAAAUCAGAAAAAACAUACUCCAGCAUUCUUCCUCUAAUAAUGAGCGUGAGCAGAUGCUGAGGGAAGGGUAAGAACAAGGCAAGCUUAUGUAUAAGCGAUAGCUUGAGUAUUCCUUCAUCUCUAGCUGUUUUCAUUGAAGAGCUGUUCUAGGUUUGUGUAGUUCGUUGUUGUUGGUUUGCAUCCAGCCCUUUUUGCAUGCAGCCAACCAGCCAUUCUUUGGUAAGAAGUUCUAUGGGUACAUCACUACUUGUAAUGUUAAAAUUCACCUUCUCUUUGUUCAGAAUUUGGCUUGUGCCCUUUUCCUUUGGUACCACAUUUGUUGUGGAAGGGAGUGAGCAAUCCAUCUCUAAUACAGUGAUCUAUCUCUGGUCCUGCCGUGAUUUUGUAGACCUUGAUCAUUUUCCUCCUUCUCCUGGAUAUUUCUGAAAUCGAAGAGUCCUAACUUGCCUAUUUGUACCCUACUGUAGAACCUAUUCUUAUGUCUUUGAUUGUACUUUCUUACCUUAUCUGAAGCUGCUCUAUUUUAAUACGUCGUCUUCUGGAGCUGAGGUCCCCAGCACUGAGAGUUGUAGUCAAGAUGGGCAGUGUUCUGUUUUGUAUUCAUUUCAUUCAUAGGAAUUACUAACAUUAAAUUUUCUUUCUGAGUGCAGGUAGACUUCAGUGCUGAGCCCGUUAGUUCUUUUUCUUCUGUGUAAAUUUAUGACUAUUCUCCUCACAUCAUCAGUUUCACUCAUCUGUGCUGGCUCUCCUCUUCUCGGUGUGGUGAAGACCACCUCCACCACUUCACGUGGUAUCAAUGACAGGCACAGUGUUGGCAGGCUUUUUACCUUGCUCCUGUUUCUUGGAUAAUUCAGAAUGUGUUGAACAGCUCAGACUCUUGUGGAACCCUCUAUCUAGCACCCCGGUUCCAUUGCAAAGCACAAAUUUUGCUUCUCCUAUAUUUUAACCAGUGUAUACAUGCAGGGGCCUUUGCUCUUUGCUAUGCCGUGACUUAGAAGAGCUUAUGGUCAGAUUUCUUUCUGGUACUGGGUAUCUAAAUAGACUGUCAUAGUGACUCUGUUCAACUUUUUUUCAUGCACAUUCAGAGUACACCAGGAGAUUAGAAAGUGAGGAUUGUUUCAUGCCAUAUCUAUUCUUUCUUACUGAAAUUAUGCAUAUGUCCAUUUGUUUUAGUUCAUUUGGUACAGGUCAGACCAAAGUAUUUGUAGCAGCCCAGGAUCUCUGUAUCACGCAUGCCAUCUUUCAAAAGAUCUUUUAAAAUCCAGAGCUGCUCAGUGGGCAGUUUCAGCAGGAAUUCCUGCUCCUGCCUUUGUGUUAGUGGUACUGAGAUGGCUGUGUGAGGUCGGAUGGUUUGGCAGUUACAGCAUGUUAAAUAAAUCACCUGGAUCACCUCUUUGCCCUGAAUGUCCUGCUUGACACUGGGGCUUAGCUGGAAAGCAGCAGUUACAGUGGGCAACAGGCUGCUCCUUUGACAGAAGUGCAAACUUAGUGGAACGGUAGUCAUAAACAGUGAUGAGAUGUGCUUUUGCACGGUGAACCUUUCCCUGAUAUAAUCUCCCAGCUUUUGGGUCUGCAAAUUACCUCACUGACUGUCUUUAUGAGGAUUUUUUCAUUUUCUGUGUUGUGUAAAGAAUAUAAGCAUGUAGCAUCUUAGGUGUUAUUGUAAUGGUUUGGUUCCUAUCACUGAGCUGUGUGUUGUGGAAGUAGGCAGGAAAUGUCACGUAGAUGCAUUGUCUUCAUGCCUUUGCUUUGGAUUCUUGGAUGUGCAAAGCUAGGUUUUUUUGUUUGUUUGUUUGUUUCAUUUGGCUUCAAAUGUUGUGAAAGACUGCAAUGAAUUAAGUUCUUUUUUGGUUCAUGAGAAGCUAAGGAUUGUUACCAAAGCACAAAAUGAGGAAAGGCUUCUGUACUCAAUAGCUUAGUAGUAUUUUAUAUUGGCUUAUGUGGGGCAUCCAGGUUAAAAAGAGUGCCUACUGAACAUGGAUUAAAAACUACAAAGUUUGUCUGCUUACACCUGCUCCAUUAGAUGAGGCUGCCUACAAAAAUGAUGCAAAAACUUAUUAUGUGAGUGGUUAAAAAAACUCUUCGGAUUUUGUGUAGUGCAUGCAUGCAGUGUGUGUAUGCGUGCAGUGUUCUCCCCAUUUCCAUUAAUGUAUGUAAGAAUACACUUGGCCAACAUUUCAGUGUUAAUAUUGGGCCCUGUGUGCAGUUUCAAGCACAGGAGGUCUGAGGCUGCCCAUCCCUGUGGCUCCUUGUUGGCUUCACUACUCUGUGUGUUUGCUGUUGCUGAAUGUUUCAGUCUGGAAGUGGUGGUUGACUUAGCAGUGGUUUUUUUUUUUACGGAAAUGUGUCGGAAAUGUGAGUUUCAAGGAACAGCUUGUAGCAAAGGCUGUUCACUAAGGAUUCCUUCCUGAUUUGCUGCAAAAUUUAAAUGGAAAAUGAGGCAUGUGUUUUCACAGUGCCAAUGUGAAGAUGUCCCUAGAAUAAGAUGCGGUUGGUGCUGGUGGCACAGCAAGAAGCCAGGCAGGUUGUGUGAAUCAGGGUAGCUGGUAGGUAGUGCUGUGUUCAGCUCUCUUGGUGCUCGAUUUGAAAUGGUAAUGGUGUGAUUUUCAGCUGUGAUUAAAACAGCUGCACCUAUGAAAUCAGUGAGUGUUGUUUUGCGUGAAAGGUGCUGUCAAAUAUGAUGAUUACAGCGAUGAAAAAGACGACUUCUCGGUUUAGUCACCUGAAGACAGGUUCCAAAACCAGCUGUGCAAAUAGAUAGCGACUUUAUUUACCUGGUUCAUUUCCCCCAGGUGGUUGUCUUUCAGCCCAUCCUGGUCACAGAACUGAAGGAUGCAGUGUGGAGGACAGAGUUGGCUAUUGGCAUUUAGGGGUGUGCUUUUUUCUGUAUGCAAUCAGAAGUGGGAUCCAAUGGCACUGCAUGUUUUUGCUCUCAUAGUAACUGGCACGCUCUGCCUGUGAGCAGUACUCAGUUGUUGCUGGAAGUCAGCUUUUUCUCUCAGCUGUUUCAUUUUUGCUUAAGGAAUAACGUGUGUAGGUUAUGUGUGGUUUACUCCUCUACUUCAUGGAUACUCUUAACAUAGAUUGAUUAUUGUGUGUAGCAACAUCUUCUGUUCUUAGAGCUAUUACCAUUAAUGCAGGUAGACAGUAAGCAAACCUGCACCGCGCAUGGCAUUACUGUGAACUUUGGCUUAACUAGUGACCUUGAGUGCUGUCAUAAGGAAGUGAGAAGCACCAUGCUCUUUUAAGGUGUGUGCUGUGAAUUCUGUGAUAGUAGGGAGGAAAAAAGUUCUAAGUUCUGUGUGCUGUCUGAUCUUGUAUCCAAGUCAUUCAGGUACAAUUGUGGCUGGUAACGCUCUUAAUUGUAACAUCUUUAGCUCCUGUUUGUAAAUAUUUUGACUUCGCAGUUGCACCAAGGUUACUUUCAGCUCCAUUUGUAUCUCCUGAGAAGCAGCAGGAGGCCUCCCAAUGGGGGCAGCAGCUGCCCAAAGCACCCUGAGACUUUGGAAGAAGAAACAGAAGUGUUUAAAUCCAGUUGUAACAGUUGCCAUGAUGCUGGCCUGGUGGGAUUGUAAGGGUUAAAAUUUCACCUGUUUUCUGAGUAGCCUCUUAGGGGGAGUCCAGUUCAUUUCACACAGUAGAUCAUGAGAAUGUUACCAACAUCCCAGGAGUAUUUUAUUCUGCAUAUGUGCAGUCAUUACAAUGUUACCUUGCUAUACUUGGUAGCAACCUAAACUUUUGUGGAUGUUGCUAGCCUAAAUCCAUUUGUGUAACACACAUCUUUGUUACUGGUGAGGAAUUAUUCUCCUUAAGAUUGUGAUGCUGUGAGACUUUCUGUCGCUGUGGUGAUAAUAGAUUUCAGAGACACUAGAGUGAUUUGCAGGCAGUGAUGCAGAUCUCUAGGGCUACAAAUAACCACGUCUAGUGCCUUUUUAUCACGUUUUAUGAGAAAGCGUGCUCUCGGAUAGAAGUAGAGCCGGGCAAUGAAUAGGAGCAGGAGCAGUCAAUUCUAGCUAGUAUGUCCUGUUGCAAAAUUAGCAACACUAAAAUGUUGUGCAGGGUGUCACUGUGGCAUCUGUCCAGGAGUUCAUCUGUUGUGACCUUUCUUUAAAUUAAGAUGUAUUUAUUUCAUUUUUGUAAUAUUUCUUUUUUUUUUUCUUGGAACUCUCAACAGCUCUUAAGAGAGCAUUGUGACUUUCCAGGCAGACUCGCUUGAAGCGAAAGCAAAGUCCUUGUUCAGUGAGGUUGAGAAAUUAGUUGUCAAGGAGAGUACUUUGGCUGCUGCUGAAGAAAUAACAGGUACAGGAAAUGAAGUUCUGUAGAAGUUGAAUUAGGUGAAGAAAGAGAUCUUGCCAAAGAAAGUAGAUGUUUUCUGUUUGAGGCCAAUUACUGCCUUAUCUUUUUUGUGUACUUGAAGUGGAGUGGGUUUAUGAAAGGCUAUAGCCAACAGAGGCUCUCAAUGCCAUUUGGAAAGAAGAGAUUCAUUCAAAGCAGGAAACUUGUAUUUGAGUGCUUGGAACUCUAAAUAUUCUUAUCUCCAUCUAUCAACUGUAAAGGAAGCGUAGAGAGGUUAGCAUUCCUAGACUGCAGUUACUCUGUGAAUAUUGCUCUAAGUGCUGAGAUGUUUAUCUCAAAAGUGUCACUCUUCUAUAAACUCAUCUGGAGCUAAAUUACCAAUUACUUUGCAUUUUUAUGAGAACAGUCAUUUAAAAACUGUGCCCUUGCUUCUCAUGUCUUCCAGGACUUUUGAAACUUUCACAUCGCUAUCAUUGUUCUUGGAAGUGGUCAGUGGUAUUUGAAGGUGACAAGUCAUGCCAGGAACCAGCAGGUGGAAGUCUGACAUGUGUCACUGACCACUGAGUCUUUCAGUUUAUUCUGAAGUUUGUUUUGCAAAGCACUUUGAGAGAUGAGCUGCCUUGGUGGUGCUAAAAUGGACAGCAUCACUUUUUUAAGGCACAGCAGUACGACACAACAGUAUCUCAUUUGUGGCUGCCUCAUCAUUGCCUGUCUGUAAGGAGUUGUCUUUAUUGGUAUUUUCUGCUAAAUAGGAAAAUUCAUCUCAAAAUAUUUUAUUUUAAUCUGUCAACUGAGUUUUCUGUUACUUAAUUCAGAUUUUUAAGCAAACAAUUAAAGUACCAUGUGGGAAAGUACUAAGUAGGAUAACUGCUGUAGUCGGUCCUGUUAACUGAUCUCUUAUCAUUUCAAGAAGCUGUAUUUUGCUUGGCAGUAAUAGCAGUCCUUGAAACCAGAACAUUUACUGCAUUUUUGCUUUUAAUUGCUGUAGGUACCGAGCUAAUUAUUACGUUAUUUUACUCUCAACUGAUAUGGGGCUAAAUAUCAGCUGCUCUUGGCCUUUUUUACCCUUUUCGGUUCUUUAUGUAACAUUUGCAGUUUUUCAGGUAUGCGCAAAUAUUUAUAGGAGUGGUCCAGAAAGCUGAUGCACUUAUUUUGGGAGGAGUCUUUGUUGGACUCCUGCAUGUCUGGGCCUUUAUAACGUUUCAUCUGAUGCGUAUUACCAGUGGUGCAUUGUAUCUCCUAGCUGGUGCGGGUGGUGACAUUUCUAUUCCCUUAACACUGUGCUGUGCUUUGGAUACAUCCUUUUGGUUUUGGUUGGUUUUUCUUUUUCCAAAACCAUUCCAAAAGUGGAUGCUGACCAUUUCUUCCUAUUUUGUAACAACAUUUGCUGUCUCACCAGCUCAAUUCAGCAGAACAUACGUAUCUGAGGUUUUGUUGUCCAUCUGUAAUGUAAUUUGAAAAAGAAGUGGUGGUUUUGCAUGAGUUGGAAGUCUCUGAUUUCUGAAGCCUGUUGUGCUGAUACGGGUAGUUGGCUCGGGGUAUUCUAUAUGUUAAGAACUACUCUGUAUCUGUACAAUAGGUUAAAAUAGCUUGGGGCUCUGAAUAAGCUUGUUUAACUAUGAGGGAGUGAGAAAUUCAGGACAAAGUUUAGUGCUGACUAAGCUACAGGGAAUCAGAACAGGACUUGAAAUAUCUGGAAAGGCAGAAUCAAAGCAGUUUUGCAGGAAAUAAAUGAGAGAUCUAAUUUCUCUUUCUGCAGAAGAGCACUUCAUGUGAUUUGUGUUUCUUGUCCUGUCCAAUACUCUAGUGGCAGGAAAGUUUUAGGUUAGCUGUUCAGGAUAUAAUGGUUGGAUGGUGAUGGUUCUGGAAAUAGGGGUAGUAAGAGUAUAUAUAAAAAAAAAAAGCCAGGAAUCCAGUUUGUGUAUUACGCUGUGAAUGGAGGACAGCCAGCCAGUUCUGAAUUGCUGCUCUGAGCUGCCAGUUGGCUGUGGGAGGUGCUGCUCCACGUUGUCCCUCUUUUCCUUGCUCUGGGCAUCACCAGGCAGCCGGCUGUGGGUUCUGCUGUCUGCCAGCACUCCCUGGUGCAGCAGUGUGGUGCAUCCUCUGUCUCUGCUGACCAGUGGAGCUGAUCUCUCAAGUGGGGUAAGAAAAAGGUGGAAUGCUUCAGGAUACGCAGAGAUGUGUAACAGAAGAGCCUAGGAGGAUGAUAUUACUGUUUUAACAGCUCUUUUGUUUUUUGUAAGUCUUUCACCUGUUCAUUUUCAGUCUCUUUUCAUUUUAAAAGAUCUCAUAAUGCUGCGUAUGAGAGGAUAUUGGUUAUUUUAUUCACCAUUUAAGCUUAGUUUCUUCUUUUCAAGAAGGGAGUUUUUCUAAAACGGAAUUAACAUUCAAUGUGUAAUUGUUGGACUCCAAUUAUUAACAGAGCUUUAUGUUACCAGCUUGCUAUUUUUCUUGUUCCUGCUCUUUGCUUCAUUUUUUCCUGCCCUUUAUGAUUUUGUGUUGCAGCUCCUUUGACAAGAAUGUGGUGGGUUUUGUUUGAUGUUUGUUUACAUUUGUAUGAAGUGUUCUCCUCUACCUCCCUUUCUGUGCAGUUAUCUUUUCUGGGUAUCUUUAAGAAUUUCAACAAUUCUGAGUUUUCAUCCAUGCCUGCCACACUAAGUUCAGGUCAGUUAUGCCAAUGGAUAUUUAGAACUAUGAUUUCUCUGUGUGACUCUAGGUGACUUUAGGUGACUUACGUUUAGCAGUCAUCUUGAACUGCUGGUUCCCUGUGCAGCUUUUGUGUUUACUGUAAUUGUACUCUGUAUUUCUGCUGAAUGCACCAGGACAGUUCAUAGGAAGUAGUUUUGUCAGAGUCUGUCUUGUCUGGAUUAUCUCUCUGCUCCACACCAGCACUCAAUGACUUGUCCCUGGAUGGCUGGUAGGAUCAGCACAUGGCAAUGCAGCUUUAUAGAAGAGGGGAAAUACACCCUUCCCCAUGUCCCUUGUCUGUAUUUCUGUACAGGUAGAUAAGGAAAUAAAAAUGGAGGGAAGAAACAAUGAAAGCAAUAAAAGUAUAAAAAAUGCUCUCUAUUUGAUUUGUUUUUAAAUUUAAAACAGAUUUGGUAAGCUGUGCUGCACGUUAUUUUGGCUAAUGGUUAAGUAGGCAUAUUUGACUAGGUGACCACCUGAGGUGUUUCAUCAGCCUCGCUUUCUUUGGUUUAUAGGAGUUAGCACGAGGCUCAACACUGGAUUGUUUAAAAGCAAUAUUUGGGGGUACAACCAUGUUGUCUGCCUCAUUCUUCCUCCAAGUUGUCAGUCUUAUUGUUCUGAUUGUCUGCUGUACAGUGCAGAGAUACUCGUGAACUCUGUACUUCAUAUUUACCUGGUUCUUCCCAUCAUGUAUUUUUGUAUACACGUCUCUGAGAAGCAGUGCUAACAAAGUUUGAUUUCUUGUUCUGUUGGUUAAACUGGCUUAUACCUAAUGUAGUAUAAUCUCCCAUUUAAUCUUAACCUGUGAUUAGAAUGAUGACAGUGCAUCUCCUUUGGAGUUCACACUACAUCAUUUUACUUUGGUGCAGCAACAGGAGCUGUGAAUUUGUAUCUUCUGACUAACUUAUAUCAGCCUUGCUCAUGUUAGUGAAAAUUUGUAAGGCAUUACUAUCCUUGAGUACCCUGACCAGUGUUUGGACUGGGGCAGUGGCCUCUGGAGGUGGAAAACAGCUUUCUGUACAGCAGAAGUGUUACUGUAUGCAUUGGUUGCUUCUCUGCUUUUCUUCUUGACUUUUAACAUACAAGGCACCCUGAAAGCUCAUAAGUUCUUGAGAGCUUCUGCACUGCCUUUACUGUUCCCAGCUGAGGAGCUGGUAGCUCUUACAGCAGCUAUAGAUAAUAUCACUCUUUAAAAAUUCAACUUGUGCUAUGAAGUCAGAUGCUGUAGAAACCAUUUCAUUUCUGCGCACUGGAUGUCUCUGUGUCCUACAGGGCACAAACACCCCUGCUGGCUUGCUUCAUAUGGACCUCUUACAGCAUCUGCUUUCUUUCUCCCUCCACUGUGUGAGGUUAAAGCUUUUUUUUUUAUUCUGCACUACAAGUAGUUUGAAGGUGACUGAGUAAGCCCUGAGAGAUCACAAGGUAUGUGUGCCACUGUUCGUGUGCCCUUAUGUAGCUCGACCCUGCUGCAGUUAUUGUAGAAAACCUAAAUGCACGUGGACAAUUAGCACCGGUUGUUUCAACAGCUGGAUUACCGCCUGCAUGACUUACUUGCCCUCGGGCUUUAUGUCCUUUACCACGAGAAAGCUAAAAGCAGUUUCUGAGCAUCUCCUGGAUAGGAUAUGUUCUUCCUGCAGCAGCUCUCCCAAAUCCCGGAAGACUCCCAGGCUCUGUGGAAGGCGGCUGAGGGAAAUUGAGUCAUGAAUAUGAAUGGCCUUCUCUCCGCCCUGAUAUCCCAAAUGCUGUUGCUAGGAUAUUCUUUGUUUGCCUUUCUUAUCCCAUCAUCACCUUUUUGAAAUUCACUCUGUCAUCCUUUCUUUAAUUACAUUCAAAUUCAAGCUGGUUGCCUCUUUCUGCAAGACCUUGACAUAAUCUUAUUUUGCCUUCGUAUCCGCUGUUGUAUUUUGCUGCUUUGGUUCUCUGGAAUCUUUCUGUAAGUUCCAGUUUUCCCUACUUGUGCUUCCUUUUUGUUCUGGAUUGUCACCAUACUUUGUGUUGGAACAGGAUUUUAGUUAGAAGUGAUCAUGUGAGAAUUUCAUAAAUUAUUCGGAGAAGAUCAUAUUUUCUGUUCUUCUUCUCAGGACUAAGAAAUCAGAAGGAGAAAUAAAUGGUUGCUUGUUCAGUGGAUUAGGUGUUUCUAAUGAGCGAGGCUGUGGAGUAGUACUGAGGAAUGAAUUCCUGUAACUGGAAGAAGUUGCAUAUUCUUCAUACAAUGAUUCUUCAUUUUCAGUUUGCUUGCUCUGUAUAAGCCCUAUAGCUCACAUUUCUUGAGCUUCCAAGUUCAGUUAUUGCAGCUACACUGAGGAAGAACACAUGGGGUGUUUUUGUUGGGAGAUGGAACCUAUUCUUGUACUCUGAAAGAUUUGAAAUGGCUCAGAACUUCUGUUUUUCUUUGAAAUGCUCACAAGGAAGUAUUAAAAUACUGCAUCUGAAGUCAUGAACCACAUUUAUAAGUUUGAUGUAUCAGACAGCUAAUAAAGUCAGGCAUUUAUGAAAGUGACACUAGUUCUCAUUUUAAGAUAGUUGGAACAAAUACAUGAUUAAAAAGUGUUUUAUGAGCACUGCAAUGACUAGUGAAUAAUUCUGUGGAAAAUCCCUGAAGAGAGCUAGCAGUACAAAAACCACAGUGUGGGAGAUGAUAGAAUACACAUUCUCUUUUGCUUUUUGGACUCUUAGGGUUGUAUUCUACAACCCUGAUGGUUGGGGGGGGGGAACUGGUCAGGUUAUUUCUGACUAUGUAGGCAGAACCAAGUAAGUAGGCAAAGCUGAUCUCCUGGCAUCUUCCAAGAGCAAGGCUCGAAGAUUCUGUCUUCAUGUUGAGGGAUUUGGCUAUUGUCAUUUUUGCAAAUAAAUGAAAAUCCAUCCCCUGCUUCUCUCUUUAAAGGUUGGUUUGAGUCCAUUUCUUUUGUAUCUUCACCAUUUUCUCAUUCUGUUAUGAAAUAACAGGUUUUUUGUUUGUUUUUGUGGUUUUUGUUUUCUCAUAGUGGAAGCAUGAGGAAGGCUGGAGCUGAGGUUUGCUGUCUUGAGUCUGAGGGCAGCCCGGGCCAGGUGUACUUCUCAUACUCCUGCAGGCUUUAGUAUUUUCCAAAGCACCAGAGGGAAAUAAAAUAAUGCUAACAAGACAACCACAUCCCUGAAGUUCAGGUUUUCAGGCUCGCUGCCAUUAUGGGUGGAACUGGAGUUCGAUCAGCCUUGAUCAGUUUGUUCUUAGACCAGAAUAAUACUAAGUCAGUCAUUUCUUCAGUGUGAAAUGAGAUGAGCAGCAAGCUUUGAAUUCAAUCAUGCAGGAUUUGGCUGUGCUUCAUAAGGCCAGUCGUCCUGCACUGCCCCAACAAGAAACAGGAAAACCAAAGUCAUCUUCACCUAAAAAACAGAACGAUGUUAGAGUCAAAUUUGAACAUCGAGGUGAAAAAAGGAUACUCCAAUUACCCAGGCCUGUCAAGCUUGAAGAUCUUGUAGCUAAAGCUAAGGUUGCGUUUGGACAGACUAUGGAUUUACAUUACUGCAAUAAUGAGCUUGUAAUUCCAUUAACCACGCAGGAUGACCUGGACAAAGCUGUUGAACUGCUUGACCGUAGUGUUCAUAUGAAGAGUCUGAAGAUAUUGCUUGUAAUACACGGAAAUACACAGUCACCCAGUGUAAAUAAUGUGGAACCCCUACCCUCACUGGAAGAUUUAGAUAAUACAGUGUUCGGUGUGACAGAGAGAAAAAGGCGGCUUUCUGUAAUAGGCUCUAAUAAUCGUGAUAGGAGUUCACCUCCCCCAGGAUACAUUCCAGAUGAGCUGCAUCAAGUGGCCCGAAAUGGGUCGUUCACCAGUAUCAACAGUGAGGGUGAAUUCAUUCCAGAAAGCAUGGAUCAGAUGCUGGAUCCACUGUCUUUGAGCAGUCCUGAAAAUUCUGGCUCAGGAAGCUGUCCCUCACUUGACAGCCCUUUAGAUGGAGACAACUAUCCCAAAUCUCGGAUGCCGAGAGCACAGAGCUAUCCAGAUAACCAUCAGGAAUUCUCAGUAGAGUAUGAUAUCCCAAUAUUUGAGAAGUUUGGAAAGGGGGGAACGUAUCCCCGAAGAUACCAUAUCUCAUAUCAUCAACAAGAUUACAAUGACGGUCGUAAAACUUUUCCAAGAGCCAGGAGGACGCAGGGGAACAGCUUCCGGUCACCUGUUAGUUUCAGUCCCACUGAUCACUCGCUGAGCACCAGCAGUGGGAGCAGUGUCUUCACACCAGAAUAUGAGGAUAACAGAAUGAGGAGGAGGGGAAGUGACAUUGACAAUCCUACCUUGACAGUGAUGGACAUCAGCCCACCCAGUCGCUCACCACGAGCUCCAACUAAUUGGAGACUUGGCAAACUGCUGGGUCAGGGUGCAUUUGGCAGAGUAUAUCUGUGUUAUGAUGCUGAUACCGGAAGAGAACUGGCUGUUAAACAAGUGCAGUUUGAUCCUGAUAGUCCAGAAACUAGCAAGGAAGUAAACGCUCUUGAAUGUGAGAUUCAGUUGCUGAAAAAUCUGCUGCAUGAGAGGAUCGUUCAGUACUAUGGCUUCUUGAGGGACCCACCAGAAAGAACACUCUCUAUAUUCAUGGAAUACAUGCCAGGGGGUUCCAUCAAAGACCAAUUAAAAUCGUAUGGAGCACUGACAGAGAACGUGACUCGCAAAUACACGCGGCAGAUUUUAGAAGGCGUUCUCUAUUUGCACACAAACAUGAUUGUCCAUCGAGAUAUCAAAGGAGCAAAUAUUCUGCGAGAUUCGGCAGGCAAUGUGAAGCUGGGUGACUUUGGUGCCAGCAAACGACUGCAGACCAUCUGUCUGUCUGGUACAGGAAUGAAGUCUGUCACAGGAACUCCGUACUGGAUGAGUCCAGAAGUUAUCAGUGGAGAAGGGUACGGCAGAAAAGCAGAUAUCUGGAGCGUAGGUUGUACAGUGGUAGAAAUGCUCACUGAGAAGCCCCCAUGGGCAGAAUUUGAAGCAAUGGCUGCCAUCUUUAAGAUUGCCACUCAGCCAACCAAUCCCCAGUUACCACCUCAUGUCUCAGACCAUGCUCGGGAUUUCCUGAAAAGGAUUUUUAUCGAGGCCAAGCUGCGACCAUUUGCAGAUGAACUGCUAAGACACACGUUUGCACACUAUCACUAACAGCCUGCCUCAACUCAGCUUGCAUCUGCUGCAUUUAUUUUCUAUUUGACUGCACUUUUAUUUUUUAUUUUUUACAAAAAGGAGAAAAAAGACAAGAGAGAGAACGCGUUCUCUUGAAUCUUUGUUUCACUUAGAUUGUAAACAAUCUAAAUUUUGUAUCUAAAAUGAGAAUCUUCCCUUCCCUGCUCCCACCGGGACUAGAACUUCUUGUUUCUAUAAUGUACUGAUGUGGUUCAUGUAGAUAAAGCACUUUAGUACAUAUUUGUUCCUUAUUUAAAGAGGGAAAAAUAAUAGAAAUGAUUGGACAGUCAGGAACUGUGUGAUUUUUUUUCUGACACCGCUGGCUGACUCAGGGUGCAGGGAAAACAGACAUGCAGCCAGAGGACAAGAAGGUACUCCUCUGUGAUUGUUUGUUACGUUACAGGUACUUGCAGCAGAGAGUUCUAAGUUCUUAUAUUUUAGCAAUUAACGAGUUUCUGCAUUGUCUAAUUUAAGCGGGAUCACAUGGUUCUGAGAGUUGAUUUUUAAAGCUGGAAGAACUUGGAAUUCUUUGUACAAAAGCGUGUCUUGACUGGUACUUUUGUGUGACCAAAAGAAAAUAACAGCAACAGAAAAGAACUCAACACUGAUGAGAGUUCUACACCAAAAUCUCUAUUGUAUAUUCUUAACGGGAAAAGAAUUACAGGUAAACAGAUGACGGGCCCGGAUCCUAGAAACUACUGUACUGCAAGGGGAAUAUUUCCAUAGUAGGAAAGAGUCAGCUGUUGGAUGUAAAUAUUUAGGAGAAUGUCUCCUGCUGUAUCUGCCAAAGAAAAUCCUCUGUUACAUACACUUGCAGGGAGACUAUCAUGUUAGGUAAGAAAUAUUAGAGAGAUUGAGAGAGAAUUCUCCUCCACGAUGCCAUGAAUGUCUGGGGGAAAGGGAGUGACUGAUCCUUUUGCAGUAUGAGUUACACCAUGCAGAACGAUCUGUAGGAAAUAAUGUCUUCAAAGCUGUUGAGGGGCGCUAGGAUGGAAUGUAUGUCAACAUCAAGUGCCUAAAGAAUAUAAAAUCCUUCCCCUUAUGCACUAUAAGCGUUGCUUUAGUAACACGGUUCAGUCAUCUAGGAUGUGUUAAAAAUUCCUAAAAUGAAAUUAAACUUUGUUUAGCACUAGGAAUAAGUCACAGAGGAGAAAGACCCCGCUUUGUUUUUCGUAAGGUAACGAUGAUCGAGGAGGCACAGCACAAAGCUGUGUGAAGGAGAGGCCUGAAGCACAGAGCCCCAGCAAUCAAAUAGUGUGAGCAUGCUUACCCCAGCCUGAUAAGCCAGCAUCAGUGUUCUUCAGCUUUCCAACUGUCAUGAAAUGAACAUUAAUCAACUUCUUCUCAAAGAAAAUAAUAAAAGAACAAAGGAGAAACUCUGAAUUGGAGCUUCUCAGUCGAGAAGUCCUGGUACUGAUCAGAGGUAGUUAGUAACUGAAUUUCAUAGCAGAAAAGUCAAACUCUCAUAUUUCUGUGGAACACGACUUAAAUAACUCAAAAGGGAAUUUGGAAAUAAACGAUUGGACUGCAGAACUGAGUUAAUGUAUACUGUUUGGAUGAUUCAUUGUUUGCUUUUGUUUUAUAAAAACAGACCAGGCUGGUACUGUGAACCUUGUCCACUCUGAUGGGACUGUGUUACUGUCCCAGGCUCUGCUCUGUUUGACAUCUUUAGGGGAAUAGAAGAAUUAUGAAGUGCGUGGAGGCAGAGCAGUAAAUUUACCCAUUCUCACACUAAUAAACUCAUGGGAGUUCUGCAAUUGUUCUGCUAACUUCCUUUGGUACCAGAGCUUAAACAGGAGUGUGAAUCUAUCCUAGCUGCUUUACCUGUAGAGGAGGGAGGAUGAGUUCUUGGCCAUCUCCUCUGAGGCUGAGUGGUGCCCUCUUCCAAUUGUUAAAGCUUUCCCCGACUUAAACCUUCUCAGUCAGGGGAUGCAACCAUGCAACGUUUUCUGAGUGUGGAAAGGACAAUUCUGACCAGGGAAGAUUUAGAAAGGUGAAAGGAAAGGUCUGCUUAUGCUGACUGACUGAGGGUUUCUCUGUCCCUGGAUCAAAGCUAUGAAAGCAGAUUGUGGGACGAAUUCAUGCAUAUUCUGCUGUAAAGGGCCUUUGAUUUAUAAGCAACAUUUAGUGAGAGCGAGGGAGGGAGGCUUAACACAGAGCCUAGCUUAUGUAGCUAAUUUAAAGAUCAGAUAAUUGAAAUGAUUGCUUUCCAGCUGAUCAAGAGGGUACCAAAACAGAGCUGAAAAUACGGAGAGAGAAAUGAGUUGUGGACAGCGAUAUCCGCAAAGGCAGGGGUACUUUGUGUUACCGAAAAAGGACAUUAAAGGGAGACAUAACCAGGUUUAUCUGUAAUGCUCUUAACAUUUAAAGAUGCUCUUCUGAAAGGAAACUGCCCUCUCUGAAGCUUGAAAGUUUUCAGAAUCCUUUUUUCUAAUAUUGAGUCCUCUUUGUAAGGCAAUGCUGGCUCACGUAUAUUGCAAUAUCACCUUCUUUUGUGAUUUUAAUACUGAAUAAUCAAAGUUGCUGCUUUUGUGCCUUUCCUAAAAAUGGCAUUCAGUCAUGGCAGUGGGGAGCAUUUUGGAACCUAAAAAAAAAACCCAAUUGGCAGAAUGCAUUUCCCUUCAUUUCUUUGAAAUACCCGAAAACUGCUGAUGUAGACACAGCACUUUAUAAAUGAAGAUCACUCCUGGCAGCUCCAGCAGUUAUAGCAAAAUGUUACUCACGUAGCCAGGAUUAGGUAAUGACCUGAGCUGUUUUAUUUACCCCGUGGAGAAUUUGUGUACUGACCGAAGCAGCUUGCAGUAAAUUGAGGUGAUUACCACGUGUAUUUUGAGCUAGAAGCUAAAGCAGACUUUGACUAAGAGCUUGGCUAAUGCCCUGACCCCUGCAUGCUGUACUUCAGCGCUGUUGCAUUGGGGUGAUGCAGUAACCAGUUUGCAUUAAAUAAUGUAAUACAUCUGUAUUUAGCGUCUGUAAAACACCCCAUUGACUACUGGCAGGAUGACAAGCAAGCUUCAGCUCUAGAAUUUCAGAGGACACAUGGAAUGGCACACUUACAGCUCCCUUGGCAGAGGUUUGCAGAGGCAAAGCCCCUUCUCACCACUUCUGGUGUGUUACUAGCGAAGAUAGCAGCAUUUUAGAGUCCUCAGUUGUUCUUAGUUGCCACAUCCAAUGACCAGAUAAUGCCGAUGAAAAUAAUGCUGCUGCAGGGCUGUGUUUUGUUCUUCUGUAAAUGCUGUCACAGAGCGAUGCUCCCCAAAAGUAAGGAUCCGGGUUCCCAGUGAGUACAUGGAUUUACAGAGGACUGACUUAUCUGCUGAGGAGUUUUAGUAUCAUGUUUCACUUAUUAAGGAACAAAAGUUCAGCUACUUCUCUAAUAUGGCUUUAGUGGUGGAACACUGUUAAACUAUGCUGGUAGAGCGGGGCUGAAAUUGUUUUAUUUCUAAUUUGGGUGAUGGAAAUGUCUGUGCAAGGACGUACUAGAUCCAUAUCUUGUUAAGUGAAUAGCUAAAGUUUACAUCGACUUCUUUUCCUGACAGCUCAGUCUGACUUUAUUAGCUUCAAGUUCUCAUUGUAGCUUAACAGCCUUUUCAGUGCAACAAAAUGGGAGGUUACUACUUUUCUUAGCUACUGCCUAUUGAAGUUGGGCUUUGAUGAUCCUCAGAGGUCCCUUCCAGCUCAAAUGAUUCUACGAUUUAGCUGUAUGCCUUAAUUACACUCAUACUGUAAUAUCACAUCAGAAUGCUAUGGCUGUCAUACAAUUCCAUGUUGCCAAAUGAGUGCUGAAGUAUACCUUCAAGUGCCCCAAACAGAUUUCCCUUAGCUGUGUUGGAAAGUGUGCUUCAGGUAUCAGCCGCAUCAGACUUUUACAUUGAGAACCUUUUAAAAGCGAUUUUUGGAGCUCUUCUGGAGUGCUUCCAACUCAAGCACAGGUUUCAGAUGGGCACGUUGGAGACUGUAGGCUACUAUGCAGACCAGAAAAUGUCUUUCCUCCAGCUACAGCAGUGCUGGUACGGCUGGGAUUUAGCCUUCCAGCUCUGGGUAACAGACUCUGGGUUUCCUCUGGAGUUCAUAGUGGAUGUGAAGCUGUAGUUGGUCCAUUUGCAAACGUGGUACUGUAUUAAUGGCUGUCUACUUUUGGUGCACAGGAGCAUUAUCUGCAUAAGCAAAUCAAGGGAUUUCUCUGCAAGGCUGAUGUUGUACCAUUAAAUUGCUUCCCGUUUCUUUUUGGAUAAUGCCAAUCCUGCCCUUGUCCUGACUGAAGGCUGCCUCGCAGCACCCAGAGGUACAGUGCAGUGCAGCAGGCAGAUACUUCAGGCAGCACAGAGCCAUGCGUGACUGCAGCUUCAGAGACUUGAGCUAAUUGGUCAGAGCUACAGUUAGUGAUUAGGGUUUUUUUAAUCUUUAAGAUCUGUCCUGCAUACAGAAAAGCAUAACUGGUGUGCUGUAAGGUGAGUCCAUACGGUGUUUCUGGAAAAGCAAAGUAUUACUGCCAGUACCAUUUCUUCCUGCUGGUAACUUGCUGGCAAUGGCGAGUCUGUAGUGUACAGCCACACAGAAUUACCAAAGCUGUUCUAUUCCCACAGACGUAGAGUCGCAAGUGGCAGUCCGUGGGCUAGUGCUGUUACUUACAGGUACACGUAUGCCCACCGGGUACUGGCACACAGUGAUGGACACUUCCCAUAUUUAAAAGGUUUGUGUCAGAUGCUGCUUUGGUGUGCAAAAUUCACACACCGUUAAAAUCAAGGGUUUGGGUUUUGUUUGUUUUGUUUUGUUUUUCUUUUUUAAACCAAUCAUAUUGUUGUCAUUCUGUGAGACAUGCACGAGGGGGGUGACUAAACCUGGUGCCUUCUGUAGCCAGGCCUGAGCUUUGGGAUGUGUUUGGGACACCAUAAGGAAGGGGCUGUGACUUGCACUGCUGUGUGCCACAGCAUCUCCGAGCUGCUGGGAAGCAGCCUUACGUGAGAGCCUGAUGUCACCCACAGCCACGCGGGUGUGGGGGCAGAACUGCCGCCAACCUGGCUUCUAAAUCAAUCCUCUUGAUCAGAAACAAAGGAACUCCUUUCUCUUUUUAUUUUCCCCACUUGGCCUUCCUCAUUGGCAUAACUUAAAUACUGCUGGUUGGUGGCCACUGAAGGCUCCCGAGGAGGGGGUGAGCUCACCUGCAGCUUGUGUGCCCGGCCCUGUGCCGCAUCCUGCAGCAGGGAGGAGCUGGGCUGUGCGGGGCUGCAGCUCCAGGGCAGUGCUGCAAUGGGCCCCACUGCCCGGGGCUGGCAGUGCGUGGCUUUGGUCUGUCGGUGGGUGUGUGUAUGUACUGCGGGGGCAGACGGAAUGGAGAAAGUCGCAUUUCUCAUGUUCCAAAAGGGGCAGUGCCAGCAGCCUCGCUGUGCCUCGAGCUUAGGUGUUUGUGCACUUACUUUAGAGGGAGGAACUGGAUUAAAAUACGUGAUAAUCGUAUCUCGUGGUUCAGUCCUUCCUCUGAGUCCAGGGAUGAGGACUGGAGGUCAGGGCCCGCUGUCGGAAGAUACAAAUACACGUCACUCCAAAGUGGAGGAACUCCCAGGAAACACCUCAGAGGUUUCCAUGUCCCUCACUCACCCCAACCACAGCCCCUCCUUUUCCUCAGAGGUUUUCUCCCGUGGGUUUAGAAACGAGGCUGCUGUUUCCGUAGCUGAGCAGGCGUUAGGUUGUCCCUGUCAGGUCCCGCUGCUGCUUUCUCCUGCACACCAGCUUACACGGUGCUGUCGGCCCUCCACUCCCACGGUGCGUUAAAGCCUCCGUCAUCUCAGCCCUCCCGCUCACACCAUGGAGACUCACUGUAAAUACACGGAGGAGACGUAGAUCAGUCGCAGCGUAGACUUUGGUUUCAUGGAGCUCCGAGUACAAAUUUGUAUAUUUCUCUUGUACAUUUUUAUGUAGCCAUUAAAUGCUCUAUUUAAUCUAUCAGUUUCUCACUGUAAAUGUUUUUACUCAGUUGAAUGCUGGGCACAGUUUGUAAUGUAUGGACACAAAGGUGUUUUUUUCUAUCAGCGUUGACUUUUUUGCACAUUUUUGGAACUAUUUAAUUUGUACACUGAUUUACUACUCUGACCAAUUGUCGAUGGGUGCGUGCGAGCCACGUGUGUGUGCAAUGUACUACUGGUGGGGGGGGGGGGGGGGGGGAGGGGUUGACUUUGGAGACGUCUCUGUUGGUAACGGCGUGCACUGCUGGUGCGGCUUCCUAUGGCACCUCGUGUGUGAAACCGGCAUCUGAAAGGAGGGCCGCGGGGUCCCGGGGGCAGCUGGGAGUGCGGCGCUGCUGCCGCCAUUCCUCGUCCCACAGCUGCUGCACUGUACAGAAGCAGAACCCCCAGCCCUGAGACUGUGUGCAGUGCGGGGUGUGUGUGUGUGUGUGUGUGUGUGUGUGUGUGUGUGUGUGUGUCCCGUGAUCUUAUUCCACAGUUUCGUUUCUACAUUUUUAUGAACUUGUUUUUUAAGGGUACUAUGUUUAGUUAGGAUAAUUAAAUAUAUAAAAGCUUUGAGAGAUAAUUUACUAGAUGAAUAUAUUUUCAGCUGGCUGAUGUUCAAAAUAUUUUUUUAAUUUUUUGUUUUUAACCAUUCGAAAUGUAUUUGUAUUUCCGAAAUCAGACACGAAUUGUACUUAGAACUAUAUUAAAACACGCCGUAGGGAA